AUGUCCGAAGCACCGGGUCCUAACCAUCCCCGAACCUCCGUCUCGGGCGGCUCCAGUUCUCAACCCACGCCAGCCAACAAUGUCCGUGGCGGGGAUGCUGGUGGAGACAAGCCCUCCCACAGGGGAGGCUCGCAUGAUCUGCUGAAUGAGGGACCGGGCCAUAUCGCUGCUCACAACCCGCGAUCUACUACUGGAGCAUUCCUUGCGCUGAAGGAUCAGAAGACUCGAGCGGAGAACAACUUCUUAGCCCAAGCAGAUCUAGCGUCUGGAAAAUCCCAGACCGAAGAACAUGCUGGACCAACUUGUACGACCGAGGACCACUCAUUUAUGGGCCAGAAGCCCGGGGGCUCAGAUGCCCUUCCAGGAUGGGAGACUGUGAAGAAUAUCAUCCCGGGCGCGGGUGGUCAGUCCAGCUAG